AUGCCCACUUCAUUAGUUACUUUGUCCAGGUUCUGUGCCCAUAUAAAGAACUGCCAUAAUGUCACUCUAGCAAAGACGGCUGUUCCAUACAAUAGAACAAACUUGCAAGUAGCUAUCCAAUUAUACAACCAAGGGUUCAUAUCAGGUAUACAACGGGGAUCAAAUACCGGCCCAGACUUGGUACCUACAGAUGUAACUCCUGACAAUAUAAAUACAAGAAGGAUAUGGUUGGAUUUAAAGUAUAGAAAGAAUCUACCAGUGAUAUCAAAGAUCGAGAUGGUGUCCAAGCCCAGCAAGAAAGUUGAACUAAGUGCCGAAGAUGUAAAGACUUUGGCAUCAGGAAUGAAGGUUAGAAGAAUUGAUCAGUUGCAACCCGCAGAGUGCUUGUUUAUAGAGCACGAGAAUGAACUAUAUGAAAUCAACGAUGCUGCAAAGAAGGGAUUAGGUGGUAAAGCCUUAUUCAGAAUCAGAUAG